AUGAAACUCAAAUAUUGUCAAUUCUUUCAGGAGGAAAAUGAGAUCCCUGCCAGUGUUUUUGCAAAAGAGCCUGUUCCCAGCAUUACAGAAGGAAAAGAAGAACCUGUGGAUGAGAACAAAACACUGGAAGAAACCUUGCAAACAGUGGAGUUGCAUUCGGAUGAUGAAAUGUUUCAUGAGGAAGAUGAUAUGGAUGACAGUGGAGAGGAGAAAACAGAAGAAUCGAGAGCUGAGAAACUUAAAAGAUCCAGCCUUAAGAAGGUAGACAGCCUCAAGAAAGCAUUUUCUCGCCAAAACAUUGAGAAGAAGAUGAACAAGAUCAGCACAAAGAUCGUCUCACCUGAACGGAGAGAAAAGAUCAAGAAAUCGCUUACUGUACAUCAUCAAAAGUCCUCUUCUUCAAAGAGUUCAGGUUUCAAAGUAUCGCCCCUCAUGUUCAACGUGAAGAAAGUCCGUGAAGGAGAAAGCCCUGCUGAAGCCGAGGACAGACCAACAGGAACUGCAAGCAAUGACCAAGCUGAGAAUGAGGAUGAAGUGUCAUUCACCAGCAUGCACUCAGAUAUGACCCCUACCACCUCACUGACCGAGGAGGGCAAAGCAGUAGCCGAUUCUCUAGAGAAGGAAGCAAGAAUGGAAGGGAAUGCCAUGAUGAACAACAACAUCGAGCUGUCCAUUGUUGAAGACGAUGAAGAGUACGGGGUGCCUCUACAAGUUUCUGGCCAGAAACUCUAUGAUGAAAGAAACAACCCAGUCGGCGCAGAAAUGGAACAAUCUGAUGAAGAAACGACCCAAGCAGCUGUACUGCAGAUAGACCAAACAGCGUAA